AUGCCUUGGCUAAUGUUUUGGCUAAUAGCCCAGAUCAUUACAGAAUCCCGUGGCUGCCUGAAAUGCAGUCAAGAUGCCAUGGCGGUUGUGAAGGAAUUCAAACACAACUACCUGGAGAAGAAGCUCCGCAGAAACCCAGAACUCAAAGCAACCCUAAAGGCACACCUGGAUCAUUUCUUAGAGGAGCUACCUCAUCAGCGCAUCGAUGAAAAAAUAUAUAUGGGCGUGAUUGAUGAAUUUUCGCUAGUGGAUCUUGCUGCCAACUUCAAACGCUGUAUGAAACAGAUUAUGGAAAAUGAAUUUAAAGAUGUGCAACUCCAUAAGAAGAUGACGUCAUGCUUCCAGAAGCUAAUGACUACUUUUCACGAGCUAUUGCCACAGGUUGCAAAGUUAUACUGCAGCAAUGAAUGUGGUAUGAUGAGCUAUGUGCUUACAAACUGCUUCUCGUGCAUCACGCAGACUUACACGUGCACCAGGAAAUUCAGGUGUGGAGAAAGGAGGGUGAAAGUGGAAAUGGACGAAGAUCUGAUUCUGGAUUGUGCUCUGGAGUGGCACAAGUUUAACCACGGCGCAAAGAGAUACAGCUUCUUCCGGAUAGUGAAUGGCAAGCUGAAACCGAUGACAAGUGGUAUGGAUCCCUUUCUAGUAAAGAAGGAGGCAAAUGUAAAUGAUGCAGGCAGAUACCGGUGUGAUAUGAUUGAUCCACAUGGAUCUGUUUCCAGCCAGCUUGACUUCCAAGUACAGGUGGUGCCUUCAGUUGGGAAGACCACUUGGUUCCCCCGGCCGCGGAAUACUACAAUGGGAACCCCCAGACCCCCUCUUGUCUUGGGGAUCUCUUCCAGGGCGCCACCUCCUCAAGCAGACUGGACAGUUUGGAUAGUGAUUGGGAGCACAGCAGGGUUAUUUGUCUUCAUCUUCCUUGCAUUCCUGUUUGCUUACUUUUGCCGCAAGAAGAAUAAAGAAGAGGAAGAUGAUGAUGAUGAUGAAAGCGAGAGUGAGUCAUCAGAGCUGGUGUCAAUGUGA